CUUUUUUUUUUUCUUCUUCCCAUCGCCAUGUCUGUGCCAAAAUCGAUUGCCCACUUGCAGGUGUCCAAACUCAUCCAUUCGACUUGGGCGGGCACGUUCCAGUGCCGCCCCUCCGCGUACUUCCAACCGGCCACGUUGGACGACAUCAAGACAUUGGUGAACGAAGCCCGGUUGAAUAAGAAGACGCUCAUGACCGUGGGGUCAGGCCACUCGCCAUCGGACUUGACCAUGACCAGCGAAUGGUUGGUCAACUUGGACAAGUUCCACGAAAUUCUCGAGAUCAAACCCCAUGCCUCGGGCAAGUUCACCGACAUCACCGUGGAGGCGGGGGUGAGAAUCUUCCAGUUGAACGAGUUCUUAAAGACCAAGAACUUGGCUAUUCAAAAUUUAGGCUCGAUUUCUGACCAGUCCAUUGCCGGGAUCAUCUCCACUGGCACCCACGGCUCCUCUCAGUACCACGGCUUGGUCUCAUCGCAGGUGGUUGACUUGUCGCUUGUGAACUCCGCGGGCGAGUUGGUAAAGUGCUCACCGACCGAAAACAGGGAGAUUUUCCAGGCGGCAUUGUUGUCUUUGGGGAAAAUCGGCUUGAUCACCCACGUCACCCUCAGAACCAUCCCGCGGUACCAGAUCAAGUCCAAGCAGGAGGUGAUCAACUUCGACACCUUGUUGAAGAACUGGGACACUAUUUUCACUACCGAUGAGUUCAUCAGAUGCUGGUGGUUCCCGUACACUGAGAAAUGUAUUCUCUGGCGUGCUUCCAAGACUCAGGAGCCGUUGUCGGCGCCGCGUGCUUCGUGGUAUGGCACCACCUUGGGCCGGUUGUUCUACGAAUCGUUGUUGUGGGUCUCUGUCCAUGUGGCCCCGCGCUUGACCCCUUACGUGGAGCGAUUUGUGUUCCAGAGACAGUACGGCAAUGUUGAAACCCUCGGUAAGGGCGACAUCGCGGUGCAGGGCUCUGUAGAAGGCUUGAACAUGGACUGUUUGUUUUCGCAGUUUGUGAACGAAUGGCUGGCUCCUUUGACCGAUGGUGUGGCCAUCUUGACCCAGUUGGACGCAGUUAUCAAGGCUGCGGCCGCUAAGGGCGAAUUCUUUGUGCACGCUCCGAUGGAGGUGAGGUGCUCCAACACCACGAUCAAUCCCGUUGUUGAGGAGAACUUUGAAGAAUUCUUGGCCCAGCGUGAGAUGAUUGCUCCCGGCCCCAUCCCGGGCAACUUUGUGAAACCGUUCAUGGAUGCCACGCCAAGAAACUUGCCCGUUACGUCUGGUGAAAUCACCAACGAACAGUUGACGUUGUACAUCAAUGCCACCAUGUACAGACCGUUCCACACCGACAUUGACGUUGGUCCGUGGUACGAGAAGUUUGAGCGUGUGUUGUUGGACUACCAGGGCAAGCCCCACUGGGCUAAAAACUUCAUCGGCCACUCCAUCUCCCAGGAGCAGGACCUGGCAUCCCGCGACGUGCAGUUGAAGUAUGGCGGUAGGGAUGACGGCAAGAUGUACGGAUUCCAGGGCGUGAUGAAGGACUGGUUUGGCGAAGAUUUAAAGGCGUUCAAGCGGGUUCGAGAGCAGGUCGACAAGGACGGCGUCUUCUUAGCCAACAGAGACUGGGCCAUCAGAAACGGGAUUGUUGAUAAAUAG